ACUUCCAGAUGUUCAAAUACAGAACCUCAGCUGGCUUCAUAUAACCUGACCAUAGGACUGCCUCUUCCUGAAUUCCCCCCAACACAUGAGCACAGGAAGUCAAGAAGUGAGACAGAGCACACAGCAAUUGCUGCUGCCCCAUACUGUGUUCUGAGAGCCACAGAAGUUAACUAUUUCUUUAAACACCAUGCCUGGUGCCCCCACUUAUAAGACAGGCUAGGGGCCCCUGCUUUGCUGCACUUUUUCCUUAAGGAUGACAGAGAUUGGAUCUGCCCCAGGGAUGGAGGAGGCUGCACAGGACUCGGGUCCUGUUGCAGACAUUGUCCACCCGAAGAAGGAACAUUCCCCUCCAGAACGGAGGGUCCAUCCAGUCUUCUCUGGGAUGAACCUCUUAGACCGGCUGAUAAAAACCUGCCCGGUCUGGCUCCAGCUGUGCAUGUCUCAGGAGCAAGCUGUGGAGAUACUGAAGGGAGAAGCAGAUGGGGUAUUUUUGGUGACGCGAGACGUGGAACAGAAAUGCAUGGUUCUCUGGGUGCGUUACACAAUGCAAGAUAAGACGGCAGAUGUUCUGCAUUACAACAUCAAGGAAGAGAAAACAAUGAUGCUGCUGCAGGGAUCGGUCUUGAUGUUUGAAGAAAUAUUCAAAUUAAUUGCCUUUUAUUGCGUGAGCAGAGAUAUUCUCCCCUCUACGCUGAAAUUGCCAAAUGUCAUCGCCAGAGCACAGAGUUCAGAAGAUUUGGAAGCCAUUUCCAAUCUGGGGACAGCUUUCUGGGAUUCAUCUUUAAGGGAGAAGAGGACUCUAAUGGUCUCACACUCUGGGAAAUUUCCCUCACGUGGAUGUAGUUUACGAACUUCUAGUGUAAACUCUGACCAACAUGUUUCUCAGGACGAUGGCAAGUGUACGUGUGAAAUAGAGAUUUCUGCAGGAAACAACAGUUUGUGGUUUGUCAACCCUAUCUUUAUAGAAGAAUUUAGCAACACAGAGACUCCUGAUGUACUUCCUCUUCAAAACUGCCUAGCAAACACUGACAUUAAAACACCAAAAGUUGUCUACAGAAGACCUCCGCCACCACCUCCAUCACAUGCAGCUCUUCAUAGCCCUCCCCUUCCAUCCAUUCCUCCUUCUGCUCCUCCCACAAACGUAACAAUUUCCUAUCCGGUUUCACCACUCCUUCCAAUUUUGGCUGAUCAUAGUUUAUCUACUAAUCCUGUCACUGAUAUUUCCAGUCAGUUUUCCUCGACUGAAGUAACUGCAACACCACUAUCUCCAUCUGCAUCUUGUCCGCUCUCCCCGCAGAAGACUGCUUUUUCUUCACAAGCAUCUCCUCUCCCUACUCCUCUUACAACAAAGGACUUGUCUCCAAUCUCUAAGGAUAUAUGUGCUGAUUUACAUCUUGUUGGUCAGUCUAGUAACACUAUGAUAAUCAACAGUGUAGAUGACAAAAAAGACGAUGAAGGAAAUAAUUCUGGUUCUUCAGGAGCUCAAACUCCAGGUCACUCUAGAUUACCACCAGUUGUUCCAAGUAGAAGACAAUCAGGGAAAGUUUUAGAAAUAGCAAAUAACUUUAGUCAGAAAAAGGAUAAAGCUCAAAAAGAAAUUCAAACUCCUCUAAAAUGUCAAGCCAGAUUUCCCAUACCUGAAUCAAAGACUUCAGCCGAGGUUCAUGGACAACCAUCACCAAGCCAACAAGACAAAGUGAUUGGAAAGACCAAAAAAAAUGCACCUCCCAUUCCACCCCCAAGAACGAAAAAACUUUCUCUCAAGUUUGGUGUUAUAGAUCCUGGUAGUAUGAAAAAGGCUGAAAAAAAUGAGGCUUCGCAAUGUUCUAGGAUCUUAGAAGCUGUGGAGUCCUGCAGUGUUACUGAAGUCGACUGCUCGCAAAGGAAAGAUGACUGUGCUAAAGUUGUGGCCUCUCAAGAAUUAAAAGGUUCUGAUACAUCUUUGAAUUCCCCAGUCAGUGUGUCUUCAUCUCAGUUACUGAACGCGGACCAGGAUUCCAACUCUACCAGUAGCACGGAAGAUGACGCAGAAAGGCUAAGCAGCCCUUCCAUUAAAAAGAGGCAAUCUUUUAUGUUGGACAAGGCUAGAAAUAGAUUGUCUAUAGUAGCAAUCACCAAUGUAUUCACUGCUUUCAUGUCUGCAGAUAGAAAACUGCAGAAGCGAAUCACUGAGCUAGCUCAGGACAAGGAGUCCUAUUUUGGCAAUUUAGUCCAGGACUAUAAGGCAUACACUUUGGAGAUGAUGGCCCAGCAGAGCUCGAGUACAGAGAUGCUGCAAGAGAUCCGUCUUAUGAUGACCCAACUCAAGAGUUACCUUGUACAAAGCACGGAGCUGAAAUCAAUGGUUGAUUAUACUCUUUAUACCGAUGACAAACUAGAUGUGAUCGUAGAAGCAGCUCUUGGUAAGUGCGUCCUGAAGCCUCUGAAGGCUCCCAUUGAGUCAUACCUGCGUGAAAUCCACACUAAAGAUGGCUGUUUGAGGCUGCUCAAGGAGAACCAACUGGUCAUUGAGGACACGACCACCACCGAUCUCGGGGUCACUACCAGUGUCCCCGAGAGCAGUGUGAUGGAGAAGAUAAUUCAGAAGUUUGGAACAAUGCACAAAGCCUACUCACCAGAGAAGAAAAUCACAUAUCUCCUCAAGGCUUGCAAGCUUAUUUAUGACUCCAUGGCUUCAGGAAGUCCAGGAAAGCCUCACGGAGCGGAUGACUUUUUACCGGUUCUCAUGUACGUGCUGGCACGCUGCGACCUCGAGGCUCUUCUCAUUGAUGUCGAGUAUAUGAUGGAAUUGAUGGAUCCUUCCUUGCAGCUGGGAGAAGGUUCCUAUUAUUUGACCACAACCUAUGGUGCACUGGAACACAUAAAGAAUUACGACAAAAUCACUGUGACGCGGCAACUGAGCAUGGAGGUACAGGACUCCAUCAACCGAUGGGAACGGAGGAGGACGCUAAACAAAGCGCGGGUAUCUCGCUCCUCAAUACAGGACUUCAUCACAAUCUCUUUGGAAGAGCUGGACUCAAAGACCGCCACACUAGUGAUAAAGUCAGACACCAGCGUGUCUCUCGUCCUGCAGCAGUGCUCUGAGAAGUUUGAGGUGUCCGAGCCACAGGACUACGGACUCUUUGUGAUGGUUAACGAUCGGUGCCUUCGCUUGGCUGAAACCUCCUUCCCUCACCAGGUGAAAUCCCACUUGCUUAAGCACGAACAAAAACUAGACUUUCACUUUCUGUACAGAAUUACCCACAAGGAAGACACUGUGGUUAAAGACUUGGAUUUCCUUUAACAUAUCUCGAUGCCCAAUGAACUGCGUAUGGCAUGCACCAACAGUUAGUCCAUAGUAAUUGUGGUGCAAGAUCGUAGUAAGUGAAUUGAUGAACAUUCUGUGCACACUUUGUGCUACUGUCGUGCACCAUAAGUGAAAAAAGAAAAGCAAGCAGGUUUUGCUUUGACUUGUGGGGGAAGCAGUUUAAAUGUGAAUGGGAUGUUUGUUUCUUUAUUCAGCAGGCAAUACAAAACAAAUUCAAUUGUUUUUCUUAACAUCUCCAAUCACCAACCCUUUUCGUAGAAUCUCAGAAUGUGAAGCAUGUAGGGACACGGCCAAGUUUAGCUAGUGCAGGUGGAUAGUCAGACUGCGUACAGUGCACGGGAUGUCACGGAGACUGUUUAACUCAGGUUAGUGUGUAAAUCGAUUGGAGAAUUUAGUCUUGGGCCGGAUGGAAACAAAACAUUUUAACAGUGAUGCCGGACAAACAGGAAAUACUUUUAUUUUUUUUUAAAUCUAUCCCAGAAAAUGAGGCGCUAUAUAGCAGACUUUUGGUCAGUUUCAUCUUUAGUAGGGCAUUAACCUGGGCACCAAUAUACCAUAUCUUAUUAUAGGAUCAAUCUAUUGUACAGUGCUGUACAAUAUAACAGAGGAAUUAACUACGUUUCUACCUGCAUUUUUACAUAGAGGACUUGGACUGUGAGCUUACAAUUUAGCAGGAAACAGGGCUGAUAGUCUUGAUCAUUAGUACAACUCCUAAAGGACAUCUUCGAAAUAAGACACAAUGCAAACAGGACCGGUAGAGCAUUGUAAAAACUGUUCAUGGGAAGUUCUUUUUAGUGUAUUUUGUGGCAGAUUUAUAAACAUUGGUUACUCCCAUCUCUAGAGAAAUGAGCACUGCUACUAAUUUAUUGUCCCUUGUGUUUUAAGAGUACACAAGAGAAACGGAUUGGCUGUAUUAGAUCAUCAUGACCAAUGAAUGGAAUUAGAGUGAGCUUAAACACCAUCUACAGGGGUUCCAUUUCAGGCAAGUGGACAUGACU